CUCCGUGUGUGGAUUUAUGUCCUGAUACUGCAUUUCAUUCUGUGGUUCUGGCCGCAAGGGGCGCCACCCAUCGCUAAACAUGACGAAUAUUUGUGGAUAAGUUGGGUGUUUGCUUGAUAGUGGCCGUAAUGGCGGUUUGUCGUUUGUUCUUAACACUGAGUCUAUGCGGUUCAUUAAAACAUUUGCAGAUUUAAUGUUUUCUGCGACCUGCUGAACAUCUUGCUAACCAUAAAUACCAUCCGUUAAUCGCACUUUUGUGACGGAUUAAAAAUUUCAUCAUGGCAAAUGAGCCAAAAGUGAAACCCACUGACGAGGAAGAGGUCUAUCGCACAAGGAAUUACCGUGAUUUCAGAGUAGUAAGCAAACGACAACUAGUUUGCACUGCCUGUGGCAACGGAGUUAGUACCAUAUCAGGAAACGUUUUCAGCCAUCCAAUUUUAGGAGUUUUGCAGUGCGAAACGUGCAUGAAGAAGUUUCAACAAACUAACUUCAAAACUAAGAAAGGCAAGUGUAUCCUUUGCUGUAACAACAGUACUUACAAGUGUGAAAAAAAAUCUUGUCGCUAUGAAUUCUGUAGGAACUGCAUAAAAAGAAAUGUAAACAAGUGUAUCAAACAAGCUGAGGAGGACGAUUGGAAGUGUUUCGUAUGUGACCCAAAACCCUUUUGGCAAUUGAGAGGAGUGUGUGCAGUUAUUAUGUCUUCGCCAAGCAAAAGGAAGAAACAGUUCCGACAUGUCUCCCGAGAGAGAAGCCAGGAGCCGACCAGUGGGCGUAUUAAACAUCCCAAAACCAACUCUCCUUUUCUGAAAAGAGAGUUGCGAAAAUCCAAAAAGACUCUACAGUCUCUCAAUUUUCUUUGUGAAGACAGCGAAGAGGACAAAAAAAACUCGACGAGUGCCUCUAGGCCUAUUUACCUAACAGGCGUUGAUAAAACUUCCAAAAAAAGUCGACUUUCUUCCACAUCUUCCACGUCUUUCUCUGAAGACUUUGAACCCUCGCAAAAUAGGGAAAUUUCCAAAAAAGAAUCUUCCAGAAAAGUUACCAAGUCUCCUAGCCCAAGUAGCAAUUCAAGUUCUUACUUCCAAAAAUCAAAACGCCGGAACAAAGAAAAUUCCAAGCCUCAAAUUAAACACAGACGAAAACUCUACACUCGGAAUGUUGAAGAACUCGUAGUCACACCUGUUGAUAUUUCCGGUGACGAGGCCCACGAAAAGAAACAGAAGCAAGCGUCUUUGAGGUUCAAAACCCACUUUUUGAUACUCUUUGAAAAUGCAAAGUCACUCCUCUUGAAAUUUUCCGAUCUACUAGAUAAAUGUGAGCAGCAGUGUUUGGAGCAAGAUAAUAUACAGGAAGACGAUGCUCUUAAGACGACCAAACGAUUUGAAAAAAUUCUUAAGCAUCUUGAAACAGAAACCGCAGAGAAGUGCAAGGAAAUUGAUCAAACCUACAAAUCCUGGUAUAAGAACUUUAGUUCGUGUUUUAGGACCGAAAAUGGCAUCAGGAAAAAUAAAAGGAGGAAUAGCUCUACUUCUAAUAAAGACGAGCAGGGAGAAGAAUCAAAAGUAGGCAAGGAAGUAACGAAAGAAAGUGGCCAGAAUGGAGUUGUCUCUGAAUGUGAUAGCGAUGCUAUAUUCUCCGGAGAUGAAACGAGGAGAAGAAGCUCCGAGAAAGUUUCCGAAGAUUCGAAAGAUGAAAUAGGGAUGAAAUCUGUGAAGGAUAGAUUAUCAAGGAACCGAAACUCAAGAGCAAGAUCAUCAGCGGGUAAAAAUUCAAGAACUUCCUCGACAGAAAAAUCACCAUUAGAGAAAGAAUGCAGAAAAUCAUGGACACAGAGAAGUUCAAGUAAAAGAUCGUGUGAAAGUAAUUCGUACGAAAUCACUCUAGAAAUCCAAAAUGGAAAUUUUCCUAUACAUUCCUCUCUUGAAAAAGAGACUCCCUGGAAAAUAAAAAGUUCUAAGAAAGAGAACCUCGAAUCUGAAAGAAAAUCCGAUGCCGAGGAAGAAGAAGCAAAGAAAAAAUUGCUUCUUUCAGAUUCAGAUGAUGCGCAACGAAGCACACCGAAAUCUUACGAUGAUUCCGUUGAAAGUGCCAGCACAGUCUUAGGAAAUGUGAGUUCUCCAGUCCAGGAAGAUUCUCCAGAAGUCAGCGUGUCUGGAAAUGAUAAGGACUCGAAUUUCCAAGCCAAAAAGAUGCUCCUCGAAUCCUCCAGCGACUGUGAUUCGAAGAAAGACACUUCUGGUUCUGAAAAAAACGACGUCGAGAAAACAGUGAAAUCAAAUAAAGUUUUCUCUAAGAAAGAUACACUGGAAACAGAAUCCCCGAAAAUAGAUUCGGAAAUUAAGAACUCGGAAGAAAAUAAAAGUGCAUCUGAUAAUCAGAAACCGAGUGAAGAACUUGAAAAGAAUUCAGAAAUUGAACGAGAAGAAUUAACUAUAGAUAAAAAUAGUUCCUCUGAUAAUUCCAAAGAAAUGGAAGUCCCAAAUAAAAAAAAAAUAAAGAAGAUUGAAACUUCAAAAAAGAACAUUUUGAAGAAGACGACCCUUUCAAGCGAAUCUGAAUUGGAAGUUGCAGACAAAGAAAGCACUUCUAAAUCCCAAAGCGAUAAGAGUGCGAAUGAAAAAGCGAAGAAGAAUUUGCUCAAGUCGACCAGCGAUUCGAGUUCAGAAGUGGAUAUGAAAGCUUAUGACUCUGACGAUAAUAUCAUGGCAAAGCGGUGUUUGUUGAAUUCCUCUUCGGGCGACAAUAGUCCCGAUUUGUUCAACUCUAUAGAGCUAAAGACGUCGAAACGAAAGCCAAAUAACUCGGAUUCUGAGAAUUCCGAAUCCUGCCGCUCGCUGCGUAGGAAGAGAUUUAAGAUUUCGAAAAAUCUGUAUUUCAGGGCGGACAAGAAGCUGAGAAUGUCAUGUCACGUUGGGUUGACGAGACUUACCAGAACGGUUCUGAGGAAACACGCGAAAGCACUACAAAGGUCAAAGCAGCAUCUGGAGAAAGAAAAAUUUAAAAGUCUGGUAUCUAUGGAUAAUAUUGAAAAGCCUAGAAAAAAAGUGGCUCUAGUGGAUUCAGAUGAUGAUUCCGAUUCAGGAUCUAACCAUCACAAUCGUAAAAAACAACAAAAGGGAAAUAACGAAACGCUGUUGGACCAUUUAAAGAAAGUAGAAAACGGUGAGGCUGAAAAUAAAGCUGAUUCGAAACCUUCAGAAGAAGAAUCAGGGAAAGUGUCCAAAAACAAAACAACAAAGGAAAAUCUUUUUGCUGCAGCGGACGAACGCGCGAAGGAAGCAUUACUGAAUAGCUCUGAUUCUGACUUAGAAGCAACAAAAGAUCCAGUUGAAGAGACUGAUUCUGAUAAGACCAAAAAGAAGAAAAAAGAAAAGAAGGACGAUAAGAAAGAUAUGAAUGAAUCGAAAGAAGAGGCAAGUGAUGAAGACAAAAACAGAGAUGAUGAUUUCAAGAGAGAAGAGCAAAAAGAAGAAAGAAAGGAAAAAUUGAAAUGGAAACAUGACAAAAUUCUCAAGAUGAAGAUAUCGGAUUCGGAUUCAGAAGCAGAACAAAAAAAAUGGAACAAAAGUCAAGAGAAAUUAAAAGCAAAGAAAAAAGGAGGAGGAUCUAGUUCAAAUGAUGACGAUCCCAAAAUCGUGAAAGUUAAGAAAAAGCGAACGAAGAGAAAAAUUCUAGAUUCAGAUUCAGACAUCAAGCUCACUGAUGUCAGCGAUUCGGACUGUGCUAAUUCUGACGAUGACGUAAAAGUCAAGGAAGACACUAAAAAGUCAAGGAAACGUGUAGCUUGCAAGUCAUCUGACUCUGAUUCUUCUCUUGGAGAAAAGAAACCGAAGGCUAAAAGGAAGCGGAUAAAAGCGGUUACUGACAGCGAAAGUGACAGUGAAGCCGCUACUAAUUCUCAAGGUUCGCCCUUAAAAGGUGGAAGGAGAAAUAUUCGAAAAGUACUCAAGGACAAGCAAGUUGCUGAAGACACUAAGCAGGCCGCAAAAGAAGAAGAAGAAAGGCUGAAGAGAAUAGCAGAUAGGCAAAAAUUGUAUAAUGAAAUGUACGAGAUAAGAUUAGCAGGCGAGGAAAAAGUAGAAAAGCUGGUGUUGGACUUUGACGAGGAAACAAAAGAGGAAUUGGUGAGCGUUCAUCCUGAUCUGGUGAAACGUUUAAAGCCACAUCAAGCCCAAGGAAUUAAAUUUAUGUGGGACGCCUGCUUUGAGUCUCUUGAACGCGUAAAGAAUUCCAAAGGUUCUGGAUGCAUCAUCGCGCAUUGCAUGGGUCUCGGGAAAACAUUCCAAAUCGUUUCGCUUGUUCACACUCUUCUUAGCCAUGAAGAAACUAAAGUAAAAACCGUUAUGGUUGUCUGCCCGCUAAGUACGGCUUUGAAUUGGGCUGGCGAGUUUGAAAUGUGGCUUAAGGAUCUUGACAAUUAUGACGAUAUGAACAUUUACGAACUCGGGAAGCAUAAGCAAAACUUCGAGAGAAAAUAUCAGCUCGAGCAUUGGCAAAAAAAUGGUGGUGUGUUGAUUAUCGGUUACGACAUGUUCCGAAAUUUAACUGCAAGUGGUAAAAAGAUGCGAAAAUCUAUGCAGGAAACAAUUUUAAAAUGUCUGGUAGAUCCUGGGCCUGACGUAGUCGUCUGUGAUGAAGGGCAUUUAUUGAAAAAUGAAGACACCGCGUUGAGUAAAGCUAUGAGAAAAAUAAAGUCCCUACGUAGAAUAGUUCUUACUGGAACACCUUUACAAAACAACUUGAUUGAAUAUCAUUGCAUGGUGCAAUUCGUCAAGCCAAAUCUACUCGGAACAAAGAAGGAAUUCUCGAAUCGAUUCGUCAAUCCAAUAAAGAAUGGAUCAGCGGCCGAUUCGACACCCUACGAUGUCAAAUUGAUGAAGAAACGAGCUUUUAUUCUACACAAUUUGUUGGAAGGCAGCGUCCAGAGAUUUGAUUACUCUGUACUCACUCCCUUUUUACCUCCGAAGAAUGAGUACGUUAUCUCUGUAAAACUCACGCCACUGCAGGUGGAACUCUAUCAGUAUUAUCUAGAUAAUUUCACAAGAGGGGCAGCCAGGGGUCCCCGUCUCUUUCCGGAUUAUCACGCGUUGCAGAGAAUUUGCACGCACCCGAUCGUAAUGAAAAUGAACGCCGAAAAGAUAGAGAAAAAGAGACAGGAGGAAGAUACUGAUUCAGAAGGUUCCUUGAAAGACUUCGUCGUUGAUGGAAGUGACACUCCGGAGAGUAGUAGUGAAGAAAGUGGUAAAAGUGGCAGCGACAUUCAGUGCAUCGAUUCCGAUAAAGAAGCUGCUCCAGUCAAAAGACGUGGAACUCGAGCCAAUCCCAUCGAUGAUACUACUUUCGAAGUUGAGCCAGAAAUUGCAGAACCACGAGAAUGGUGGUCAGAAAUGAUAAAGCCAGAACACUUGGAGGACGUGCGAAUCUCUGCAAAAUUAGUUCUUCUCUUUGGAAUUUUAAAAGAAAGUGAACAAAUCGGUGACAAAGUAUUGGUGUUCUCUCAGUCUCUCUAUUCACUCACGCUCAUCGAAGAUUUUCUCUCUCAAAUCGACGAAGCAACGCAGAAUAAUAGCACAUCAGAAAAUCUGGAAAAUCACACUGGAAGUUGGUCCCUGGGUUUGGAUUAUUUCAGACUCGACGGUCAAACUUCUGCAGAAAACCGAUCGCAAUGGUGUAAAAUUUUUAAUAGACCUACAAACACGAGAGCGAGAUUAUUCCUAAUAUCGACGAGAGCUGGAGGAUUGGGGAUAAAUUUGACCGCUGCUAAUCGAGUUAUUAUUUUUGACGCCAGCUGGAAUCCCUCGCAUGACGUGCAAAGUAUUUUCAGGAUAUAUCGGUUUGGACAGAAGAAACCCUGUUAUAUCUAUCGAUUUCUUUCUAAAGGAACUAUGGAAGAGAAGAUCUACAACCGACAAGUAUCAAAGCUGUCUCUGGCGUGCCGAGUUAUCGACGAGCAGCAAAUUGAACGGCAUUUUAACAGCAGUGAUCUCGCAGAAUUAUAUUCGUUUGAUCCAAAUCCCCCAAAGGAAUCGGAGAUACUUAGUUUGCCCAAGGAUCGUUUGCUAGCUGAAAUUUUUCUGAAGUACAAAGACCACGUUCACAAUUAUCACGAACACGAUUCUCUCUUGGAAAAUAAGUUGGACGAAGUGCUCGACGAGGAGGACCGAAAAAUUGCAUGGCAGGAGUAUGAAGACGAAAAGAAAGGAAAACCUGUUAUGCAAUUUCAACAACAUAACCAAUUUGGAUUGAAUCCAAUGGCCAUGAACAACCUGUUGAAUGGACAGUUAAACAUCGAAAUAGAAAAUAUGAUGAAUCUAUACAAGUUAGAUUUUCCAAACUUAAAUCCUCAACAGUUACGUCAACUGGCACAGAGUAAUAUCAUGAGCAUGUACAAUUAUGUGGAAGGACAGAAUUUUGCGAGAAAUACUCCAAAUCAGUAUUUAACACAGCAAUAUGCCCCUUUAAUGCAACCACGACUUCAACAGCAGCAGGAGCAACUUCGACAGCAGCAGCAGGAACAAAUUAGACAACAGCAAUUGAUAGCAUUGCAACGGCAACAACAAGAGCGCUACGCGCAAAUGCCACCUGCCCGUGCACCGACUGCUAUGAUAGAUAUCUCGUCACCUACAAAGAAUCAAGAGGACUAGAAAUGCAGUCUAUUUUCCACUUACGCGAGGAUAUAAAAAUUGCUUCUUGUCCUAUUUCUUUAGUUUUAUUUAUUUUAUCAAUUCGACAUAUUUUGGUCUCCAUUCUAUGUACAAUUAAUUAGGCGUAAGAAGAUGAAAUGGAGGAAAUAUGCUCACCUAUUCAAGAACACGGUGUCUUUAGGAAAUUUCAAUAAAUCAACGUUUCUGAGCA